CUUCUUCUCUUGCAUUACGUUUCAGAUUUGGACUUCUCUACAUUUGCUCCCUAUCUUAGAUCAUUAUUUGUUCUACUUCUUGUGCAUUUUAUAUAUGACAUUCUUUGUCAACUCUUUGUUUCUUCUUCUCUUGCAUUGCAUUUCAGAUUUGGAUUUCUGUAAAUUUGCUCCCUAUCUUAGAUGACUAUUUGUUGUACUUUUUGUGCAUUUUUCUAUGUCGUUACAUUGGUGCAGUGAUUUCUUUUGCACUUCAUUCUUCCUAAAAAUAGCCCUACAAAAAAAAAAAAAUAGCCCUAUGAAGUUUCUACACAAAUUUGGAAGACAUGUUUUCCUUCACUCUUUUGGAAGAAUGGGCCAGAUAUGACACAUGACGACGAGAGCUUCCAACUUUUGACUAUAAUAGUGCAAUCAUCAACGCCUGUAGCUUUCCAACUUUUGACUAUAAUAGGCUCUGGCUCCGGCCAUAAUCGAGCAUGUGCUGUUAACUGUUCCAUUCAAUCUUGCUCGUCAGAUAGUUUAUUAUGUCAGAUAUCUUGAACUUGGCUGCCAAGCUGCCGCGUUUGUCUCACAUCACAUGAGAUUCUGUACUCCACUUGACCCAGGCAUGCUGAAAAUGACUGGUUCAGGGGCACGUUCAGUUCAACUUGGCUGCCAAGCGAGUUCCUCUGUUUCCUCGUGGCUUCCUUACUGAAUUAAUCCUCCAGUGGCGGGCCUAUACAGCAUUGAUGAGGUUGAUUAUUGGUACAUACGUGAUAAAUACGCCCUCACCUCACCCACCAUCUUCAGAGCCAGAGCUUUCAAGUUUCAAGUAUGUUGCCAGCCAUGGAGGAGCCCCUUGUUGGGGGCAGAAGCGACACCGAGGAGACAGGAGGGCCAAAGGAGAGCUUGGUGGUGACUGAGGUUAAGAAGCAGCUCUACCUCGCCGGGCCCCUCAUCGCCGGAUGCCUGCUGCAGAACGUCGUGCAGAUGAUAUCGGUCAUGUUUGUCGGCCAUCUCGGCGAGCUCGCCCUCUCGAGUGCCUCCAUCGCCACCUCCUUUGCGAAUGUCACCGGCUUCAGCUUGAUGGCUGGCAUGGCGAGCAGCUUGGACACACUGUGUGGUCAAGCCUUCGGGGCAAAACGGUACCAUCAGCUCGGCAUCUACAAGCAGAGGGCGAUCCUCGUGCUCACUCUGGUGAGUGUUGUGGUUGCGGUGCUCUGGGCGUACACCGGGCAGAUCCUCCUGCUCUUCGGCCAGGACCCAGAGAUUGCCAUGGGGGCAGGGAGCUACAUCCGGUGGAUGAUUCCGGCACUGUUCGCUUACGGACUGCUGCAGUGCCACGUCCGAUUCCUCCAGACACAAAGCAUCGUACUCCCGGUGAUGGCGAGCGCAGGCGUGACGGCGCUGAGCCACGUGCUUGUGUGCUGGUUGCUGGUGUACAAGCUUGGGCUGGGCAACAAGGGCGCUGCCCUGGCCAAUGCUGUCUCGUACCUGGCCAAUGUGUCAAUCUUGGCUCUCUACAUCAGGGUCUCUCCAUCCUGCAAGAGCACCUGGACAGGGCUCUCAAAGGAGGCGUUUCACGACAUCGUCAGCUUCAUGAAGCUUGCCCUGCCAUCUGCACUGAUGGUUUGCUUAGAGUGGUGGUCGUUUGAGCUGCUGGUACUUCUCUCCGGACUUCUCGCAAAUCCUAAGCUCGAGGCAUCGGUGUUGUCCAUUUGCUUAAACACGGCUUCAUUAACAUUCAUGAUCCCCUUCGGGCUUGGGGCAGCCAUAAGCACCCGUGUUUCAAACGAGCUUGGUGCUGGGCGACCUGAAGCUGCCCGUCUGGCUACUCGUGUGACCAUGGUUCUGGGUCUCAUGACAGGUGUGACGUUAGGACUUAUUAUGAUCUCGGUGCGCAAUCUAUGGGGGUAUGCAUACAGCAAUGAGAAGGAGGUGGUGGAGUACAUUGCAAGAAUGAUGCCGCUUCUUUCCGUGUCGAUCAUUUUCGACGAUAUGCAAUGUGUUCUUUCAGGUGUCGUUAGGGGCUGUGGCCUGCAAAGGAUUGGAGCUUGUGUCAAUCUCAGUGCAUACUACCUUGUCGGCAUCCCAGCGGCGCUAUGCUUUGCCUUUGUCUUCCAUCUUGGCGGAAUGGGGCUGUGGUUUGGAAUAAUCUGCGGAUUAAUCGUGCAGAUGCUGCUGCUGCUGGCCAUCACCAUGCGGACCAACUGGGACAAAGAGGCUCUCAAGGCAAAGGACAGAGUUUUCAAUUCGUCGCUACCUCUAGACAUGACAUCAUGAACAUGGAACAAGAUGCACAAUUGCUCUUGGCCAGGACCAGGGCGCUGACUGGGCAAAGGAGGCAAGGAACUCGUGAAGAAUUAAUUGGUCAUCACUUAGUCUCCAUGUCACCAGCAUGGCGCUUUCUUGAAGGAAAUGUCACCCGACGAAUGGUCUGUUUUGGUGAUUUUUGUCCAACACAUGAGAUAGAAAUAGAAUGGAUGUUCUCACAGGCAAAGGCAUGGCACUCAGUCGAUACGGUAUAAGGGAAUAAAUCAAUGAAGAAAAAAUGUGGUGUUUACUAGAAAA